AGUGAGGAGAGCAGGAGUGAGACAGAGUCAAGAGUCAGGGAAACAGUUUAAAGACUAAAAUCAAACUAACCCAGAUGAACAUGGCUGCUGAGGUCUUCUCCUACGAGAGUCUGGUUCACGCUGUGUCUGGAGCUGUGGGAAGCGUGACUGCAAUGACCGUAUUCUUCCCUCUUGACACGGCCAGACUGCGGCUGCAAGUGGAUGAAAACAGAAAGGCCAAAUCAACUCCAGCCAUUCUGGCAGAAAUUGUCAAAGAAGAAGGACUUCUGGCUCCUUACAGAGGCUGGUUCCCCGUCAUCUGCAGCCUGUGCUGCUCCAAUUUUGUCUACUUCUACUGCUUUCACAGCCUGAAGGCCAGAUUACUGAAGGGAAAACCGUCAGCACCCAGUACUGACUUAAUCGUAGGAAUCACUGCAGGUAUUGUAAAUGUUCUCGUCACCACGCCACUGUGGGUGGUCAACACCAGACUGAAGCUUCAGGGUUCCAAGUUUCGUAAUGAAGACAUCCGGACCACCAACUACGCCAGCAUUCUGGAUGCGUUUGCGCAGAUUGUCCGCCAGGAGGGCGUGGGAGCUUUGUGGAACGGGACCUUCCCAUCCCUGCUGCUGGUGCUGAACCCUGCCAUCCAGUUCAUGAUCUAUGAGGGGCUGAAGAGGCAUCUGAAGAAGGGAGUUCCCAGGGAGCUGUCGUCCAUUGAAGUCUUCCUCAUCGGCGCCUUGGCCAAAGCUGUGGCCACCACUGCUACAUACCCACUGCAGACUAUACAGUCCAUCCUCAGGUUUGGACAAUACAGCAGGUCAACAGACGAGUCAAAAAUCCUGUCCAGUCUACGGUCUAUCAAGCUUCUACUGCUCAAUAGAGUCAGGAAGUACGGCAUGUUGGGUCUGUUUAAAGGCCUGGAGGCCAAGCUGCUGCAGACGGUGCUGACCGCUGCCCUCAUGUUCCUUCUGUAUGAGAAGAUCACCAGCUGCACCUUCAGCGCCAUGGGACUGAGCCACAACAACCACAAGAGACGCUAGCACGACGCUUCACAGCCGCUAAUACUCGACUGCGUUCGAGCAUUGUAUAAAUGUAUGAAUCACUACUUAUAGACCCCGUGAUGGUCAAGGAAAUCUGUCACAUGACACUGGAAAAACUACGGUGAUUAUCAGUCAUGAUCAGAUAAGAAGUGCUGUCCAUCGUGUAGAUGGGGCUUCACACACAGUUUGUUAGAUGUGUGUACAGGAAGGUGAAGGGCUUCUUCAAUGUUCCAGUAUUCUAAUGCAUUUUCCUGGGAACUGGAUCUUUUCUCAAACACAUCUGCUCAAGUUUGACUAAAUCUGUCAAAUUAUCAGUUGGCGUUUGGAUCCUGCUGAACUGGCCUGUGGUCAUUUAUAGACUAAUUCAAUUCCACUGUCACUGAAUGUAACAUGAGAACCUACGGGUUUGUCUCACUUGACAUUUUACAGUAUUCUUCAUUCUUUAGUUCUCUGUGUUCAUGUGGUGCAGUCAGAUGUUUUACCACCACAAGUUUUUAUUUUUGAGUUGUUUUUAUUCCUGUCAGUCCAGAUUGUGAGUGAAGGCCGGCGCAUGCUUCUGCGUCGUCAGGGGCCCGCAGGCACGCAGCUGUAACGCAGGACUCGUUCUCAUUCAUGGUUCUCCAACCGUUGCGCGUGUUGCCAUGCAAUUCCCCGCCAGAACACUAGGCGCAGUAAUGUUUUUUGUCGAAGUCGGCUCUUCUUCGUGUGUUGCACGAAGAAGAGCGAUUUAUUUACAUCGCCACGGCGGCUCCUCAGAGCCUUUUACUGGCGGAAAAAUCCGCCGGUUAGUGACGGGUUAUACUAGUGGACAUAGUGUCGGAUCUCUUCUGCCAAGUGCUCUUCUAUCUGGUCCAUAUUCGUUCUUCUAAAUCCUCCGUGGUUUCCGGGCAUGAACCGGAAAUGCGACUCCGGAAAUGAUGUAGUCAGCAGACCAAUCACAGCCCUCGCGGCCGGGUGACGCUUGCGGGGCUUUGCCGUCUAGUUAGAAAAAUUGGCCGACGCACGUAAGGACGUAGGAAGGGCCGUGAGGGGCCCGGAAGGGCUCCUGCGUCUCCGUUCCCGUGAAAACGCAGAAGCAUGCGCCGGCCUUAAGUGUGUGUGAACACAGACACAACCGUGUCACUUGUUUUGAACCAAUGUAAAGAGUGUUGAUGAUUGUUGGAAGAGCUACAGUAUAUACAUUACAUCAAAUGUGUUAUUGUAUCACUACAUUAAAAUACAGCAUCAGUCUCCUC